AAGCAGCGCAGGACGUCGCCUCGGUCCCGCUUGUGGUCGCGCUCAGGUGCUUGUCCCCGCGCGCGAGGCGGAGGCCGGCGGCGUUUCUGGAUCGGAUCGAUCAGAGCCGGAGCACAAAGCCUCGCCUUCCGGAUCGGAGCGCCGCCCCUCGCAGCUGCGGCGUGAUCGAUCACCGACUCCGGGAUCCAGCCGGCACUCGCGCGUGCUCCUCAGACACCCCAUCGCUGAGGCGGAGAGCGCGGCGGACGGCUGCCCUCGCGAGUCCGCAGUCUCGGAUGUGAAGAGCGCGGAGUGGGCUGGGUCGGCUGGCGUCCACACGCGCGCGCGCUCACGGAGACACGACCGCCGGAGCGGAGGAGAGGACGGCCGGUCACCGCUCGAGACGAGCCUCCGGGGCGCGGGGAUUUGACUCAGACCUGAAGAGCCGAGGAGGGGAGACCGGAGGCGGACCUGCCGGCGGCACCAUGGCACCCGGAGCGCUCCUUCUUCUGCUGCUGCUGCUGUCGGCCGGCUCCGCCGCGGCCCAGCGGGUGGUGACGGUGCAGAGCGGGCCCCUGGUUCGCACCGAGGGCUCCCACGUGACCAUCUGGUGCAACGUGACGGGCUACAAGGAGGGCGUGGAGCAGGACUUCGAGUGGUCCAUGUACCUGCCGUCGGCGCCGGAGCGGGAGAUCCGCAUCGUCAGCACAGCAGAGCCCAACUACGCCUAUGCCGUGUACUCGCAGCGGGUCAACAGCAGAGAGAUUUACGUGGAGCGGCUGAGCAGCGACUCGUCUGUGCUGCACAUCACCAGGGUGCAGGCCAAAGACCAGGGCCUGUUCGAGUGCUACACUCCCAACACCGACGGCCGAUACCUGGGCUCCUACAGCGCACGCACCAACCUGACCGUUAUCGCCGACUCGCUGACGGUGACGGCUCCGGCGCAGACGCUGUCUAAAGUGGAGGGCGACACGCUGCAGCUGAACUGUGAAGUGGCGCGCGCCACCACGCAGCACACCCACCUGUCGGUGGGCUGGUACCUGCGGGCGCCCGAGGAUGCCGCCGCCCCGCCCCAGGAGCUGGUCACCUUGUCCCGAGACUUUGUCCUUCGCUCCGGUGGGCCGUACCGGCAGAGGAUGGCGGCCGGCGACCUCCGGCUGGACAAGACCAGCGCCACCUCCUACAGGCUGACCAUCCACAAGCUCCAGCCCGUGGACCAGGGCCUGCUGUACUGCCAGGCGGCCGAGUGGAUCCAGGACCCCGACGGGGCCUGGUUUGCCAUGACGCGCAAGCAAAGUGAAAAGACGCAGCUCCGAAUUCAGCCCACCGAUCGCGACUUCAGCAUCCAGGUGAGCACGGAGCGACGGUCCUUCACGGCCGGUGAGCCGCUGGAACUUCGCUGCACCAUCGACGCCCAGAACGUGCCUGAACGCUUCUUCUCGGUGUCGUGGGUCUUCAGCAGCUCACCGGUGGCCGUGGUGGGCCCAAGUGCCGUGCCGGUCCUGGGCCCGGACUACGUGGCCAGAGAGGCCGCCGGUCACAUGACCGUGCGCAAAGAGAGCGUCAACGUGUACCUGCUGAAGCUGCAGCGGCUGCGGCCCGAGGACGCCGGGAAGUACAUCUGCCGCGUGACGGAGCGGGAGAAGACGCCGACGGGAGACUUCAUCGACCGCAGCAAGAGGUCCCGGAACGUUCAGAUCACCGUCCAGGCUCUGAAGAGCAACAUCACGGUGCUGCUGUCCAGCAACUCCUCCGAGGUGGUGGAGGGCGAGGUGGUGCAGCUGAGCUGCCUGGUUCACAGCACCACCGGUCCCGUGUCGGUGGCCUGGCAGUGGUGGGACAAGCCGUCGAGCGGCCCGCCUCAGGAGCUGGCCCGGCUGGAGCGGGACGGCACCGUGUGGCACAGCCCCGCCUACAGGGAGCGCUCCAGCUACGGCGAGGUGCGGGUGGAGAAGAGCAGGCCGGACACCUUCACGCUCUCCCUCUACAAUGCCUUGCCUGCGGACGAAGGCCAGUACCGCUGCGUCGCCACCGAGUGGCUGCAGACCGGUACUGAGCCCGAACUCAACUGGGAGACCAUCGGAGAGAGGUCCGCUUCCAAGAGCAUCACCGUGAAGACCGUGGAGUCGUCCUUCAUGGUGUCCGCCUCGUCCCGCACGCCCUCCGUCACCUUCGGAGACUCCUUCGACCUGUUGUGCCUGGUCAAGCCGCGGCACAACCCUCGAGUGCCGGCCUCCGUCACCUGGCGCUUCAUGCCGGCCGACUCGGACGCGGAGGAGGAGGGCGAGUUCCGAGACCUGGUCACCUUCACCCGCGAGGGCACGCUGCAGUGGGGGGAGCAGCGGCUGGGCCUGGGCACCCGCACCACCGUGGACCGCUCGCACUCCAACACCAACUUCCGACUGUCGGUGACCCGGGCCGGGCAGCGUGAGGCCGGGAAGUACCAGUGCACCGCCGUCCUGUGGAGGAGGAACUACGACAACAGCUGGAGCAGAGUCGCCAACCGCACCUCCAACCUGCUGGGCAUCAGCGUGGUGCAGCCAGAGAGCAAGCUGCGCGUGCAGAAGAGCAACCAGUCGCAGGUGCACCUGGAGGACAGCCGCGUCAGGAUCAACUGCUCCAUCUCCUCGCAGACCAGCAAGGACUCCCAGCACGCCGUGCUGUGGUUCGUGCGACGGGCCGGCGGCUCGGAGGACGAGCUGCUGCUGAGGAUCGAGCGCAGCGGCGCCUUCGAGUACGGCGCCUACGCCGAGGAGGAGCGGCUGCGGCGGCGCCUGCAGGCGGAGCGGCUCUCGCCUCGCCUCUUCGUGCUGACCCUCAACCGAGCGGAGAGCGGCGACUCCGGCGCCUACUACUGCCUGGUGGAGGAGUGGCUGAGCGACCCCGACGGAGACUGGUAUCGCCUGGCCCGGGAGCGCUCGGGCCUCACUCAAGUCCUGGUCAAACGGCCCGAUGUGCGGCUGCAGGUGGACGAGCUGGAGUCCAACGUGACGGUCGCAGAGGCCGCGUCCAUCCGGCUGGGCUGCAGCAUCCCCUCCCAGUCCUCCAGGGACUCGCGCUUCUCCGUGUCCUGGUACGUGGAGCGCGGCGAGGACGACGGCGAGGAGCUCGGCCAGCGCGAGUGCGUCUUCUCCAUCGGACACGACGCCAUAUUCGGCAACGGAAACUGCAGCCCCAGAGAAGAGGCGGGUCCCGACUCCCGGCUGCUCUUCCAGAGGACGAGCUCGGACCAGUACAGUCUGACCCUCCAGGGAGCCCGAGCCACCGACUCGGGCCGCUACUACUGCCACGUGGAGGAGUGGCUGCUCAACCCCAGGAACGCCUGGUACCGCCUGGCCGCCAACGACUCCGGACUCACCGUCGUCACCGUGGUGCAGCAGGCUCCCACGGUCCAGUCGGUGGUCUGCUCCAACGUGGCCCUCUUCUACUUCGUCUUCUUCUACCCCUUCCCCAUCUUCGCCGUCCUGCUCAUCGCGCUGCUGACGCUGCGCUACAGGAGCCGCAGCAGCAGCCGCAGCCAGGAGGGCAAGAACGGGGCGCCGCUGCUGUGGAUCAAGGAGCCGCACCUCAGCUACUCCCCCACCUGCCUGGACCCCCCCGCCCUCAGCCUGCACCCCGGCUCGGUCGACUAGACCCGGCCGGGGCCCCUGGAGCCCGGAGACUGCCUGUUCUGUGUUGGUCGCGUCACCUCACCUCUCACCUCUGCCACCCUCUGUUUUCCUCCGCAGCAGGCUCCUCCUCCUGCCUCCUCUGCCGGUCGCCAUGGCGACGCCGGGACUCACCAGAGAAAAGACUCGGGGGCCCGAGCGUGUUGGAGCCGGUGUGGGCCCUGGGGCCUGGAGAGGAGCGGCUGGACCCGCGGCACCAACAGCCUUUCCUCUCCAGGUUUUUUAUUUAUUGUUUUAUACGACUUUGCGCAGCUUUGUACUGUUUUUUUUUUUUUUUUCUCCUGCUGUCAGAGAUGUGUGUUGCCAGGCAACUGCACGUCGUCGUGGAGAUGCCAGUUUCAGAUGGUCUGUGUCCAAACACUGUAAAUCUUACUGUAAAUGAGACGGUGUGGAGGCCUGGGCAGAGGCAGGAGGCUGGCUGACCCCUGCAGCACGAGGAGACCAGCAGGGGGUGCCUCCUGUCCUCCCUCUCCACCUCCCACACCUUUGUUUGAAUGGUUCUCCUCCAUGAAAACAUGGAUUUGUGAGAAGAUGGUGGUGAAGGACCGCCAAGCGGAUUUGGAUUCUGUCUUGUUCCACCUCCUCAGUGGUGUCGUCUUCACACCUCCAACAAACAUCUCAACACUGAGAGGCCACCAACCUUCCUGUGCUCAUGUGGAGCUCCACAGCUGCAGGAAGAGGAGAGUCCUCAACAUGGAGCCGAGCUCCUCUGGGACCAGAACCACCGCAGCCUCAGCUGGUCCCCAUGGAGAGUCUGAGGGGACUCGGACACCUGCUGGACUCCCUGGAUGAGGAGCAGCCGCGUGAAGGUCCUCAGAUCUGGACCUUAAAAACCCAGUCUCUCUAGAGACACACUUUGUAAAAACACUAGACAAACUUCAGAAGCUCUUCAGUGUAGUUUAGAAGUUUGUAACGGUUUGUAAAUGUGCAACACGUCAACAAAAUAUAUUUUACCUUCGGUGUGGAGAAGACGCCGAGUCGGAGGCGUUGAACCGCGUGUUUCUGUGACCCGAGACUGGGCGGCGUCAUGUGCCUCCUCCUGAGGAGCCACGUCUCCAGACCAACUCAGACGUUGGAGUGAAGAGCUGACGUCCGAGCGUGAAGUCUCCCUGCAUGACUGAAGACACUGAAGCAUCUGAAUAUUCCAGACGUGUGUGACUGUCUGUCAGAGCCACUGCUGCAGUGCAUCAUGGGGCCUGGGGUGAUCAGAGUGGAGCUGCAGGUCCGGACCUGGCGCUCUGGCGGCUCUGCCCGCGGCCUCCUCCCUGCUGACGCUGGCCCUCAGAGCCGAUAUGAAAACCUCCGGCCGGGAGGCGCCGGCUGCCGGACUCUGAUGAUGCAUGUGCCGCCUCCAGACUAGCUGUACGGUAGUUUGUGGUGAUGUUUGAUGUAUUUUUAUAUGAUCAUGACUCAGUUUUCUUCUUCUGUUGUGUCCAAUAGUUGUGACCAUUGAAGAGGCACUUUGCUAUCGUCAGUUUAUUGCAAUAAAAUACCUUCAAAACAGGCUGGUGCUUCACUGGCAGAGCAGAGGUGAAACCUGGAGCUUCAGGUGCAGCACUGGAUGGAUGGAUGGGCUUGGUUCACUCACAGCUCAGAUGGAGUCCUGUCCAUUUUCAGACUCACGCGCCCAAAACUCACUGUGUGUCCAGCCUUAUCGAGAGAAUUUCACUUUUUUCAUUUGUCCCAUCAUGGAUGCCGCUCUAGCCACACACACACACACACGUUGGUAUCUCUGUGGGGACCACUCAUGGCAUCACCCUUUCCCCAGACUCAGAAAAACGUUCUUAAUCCCAACAUGUUCGUAACAUCCUCUGUACUCAACAUAUCACAAUAAAAAGUGCAUAAAAAAUCUACACUAAAGAGCUUAGAAACCCUGAGAACAAUGUGCAAGAAAGUGCAGUUCAAGAAGAAUCCUUCUUUGUGAUUUUUUUCAGAGAUGAAUUGUACGUUUUUAUUGCCACAAUUCAUCUCUCCCCCUAAACACAUGGCUCACCUGGACCAGACUGGAACCCAAUUAGUUUGUAAGGUUCAACCCUCAAGUUGAGUCUUAGCCUUGUGGGGUCCGGCCAAAUGCUUUCACAAAGGCAAAAGGUCCUCACAAGGACAGUGUUUUGUCAAAGAAUUGGUCCCCACAAGUGAGGGUACGCACACACAUUGCUGUCUUUGUGGGGACCUCUCCCCCUAAAGUGAUGAUCCAAAACACAUGACUCACCUGAGCCAGGACUCUACUUUUACGGAGGUGUUUAACCCUCUAACCCUUGUGGGGACAGGCCCAAAACGUCCUCACAAGUAGGUCAAGACUUGGCCCCCGCACACACACACACACAGUCAGAGCUGGCGUGUGUUAAAUCGCCGCUCAUGUUUCAGAGGGAACAAAAAUAGCAGCAGAAACAUGAUGGUGACCUCGCUCAAGGUCGUGGCGCUGCAGGCUGUCGGGCGAUGGAGCCUGACCUCUGACCUGGGAACAGACACAGGGGUGUGUUGUCGGAGGAAGAGCGGUUCGUCGGCAG